CACGGAGGUUAUCUAGCUAGAGAGCGGACCACAAACAGCAAGUCCCAAAGCCCACAAUAAAAGCGAUCGAACAUGGUAAAGGGGAGCAAAAUCGUGAGGCAACGGGAAGUGGCGCCAAGCCCCUUCUUGCAAAACUCGGAACGAGUCUUUUGGCUAUUUGUGGGUGUCACGGUCGCGACCAUGGGAACAUUUGAACGAGUCAUCUCCAAGGCAGCGACGUCGGUCUCGCAACAACAAUCUCAACUCUCAAUGAGUUCCUUUACGGCCGCUCGCAGUGCCACUGUUCCUUCCGUGGCAACCACCACCACCAAGUCAUCAGGCUCCACAUUCCCAGAACCAACCGGCGACGAAUUCUGUCUCCCAUGGUCACAGAGUGCCGAUGAAUGGUGGACACACAAACCAGAGUGGGAAAUGGGAAUGGAGAAUGAGACCCACUACUGCUUCCAAAAAAUUCAAAAUGUCGAAAAGCGAGAACUACUUGUCAAGCUCUACAAUAUCAAUUUUCAUGGCGAUUGUAGCCAAAUGUUGACCAAACGAGUGUGGAGUUCUGGUUGGAAUGCCGAUUUCAUGAAUGUCAUUGAUGGCUUCAAGCAUGCUGUUUUGAACAACAAACCUGUACAAAUGAUGAAUACACCUUGGCACUAUGCUGAUCCUUACGGUGCCAAACCGGACCAUGAAAAUUUCAAGGGCAUGCCACCGGCCUGUGGUAAAAGCAACAUGUUCUGUUACUUUCUUCCUAUAUCCAGCUGUCCUGCUCAAGAAGUGGGCGAUCCAAAACCCCUGCGGGAGGGUGCCUUUUAUGAUAGGAAGGACUACCAGUGGUACUAUGAAUAUGCCACGCGCCGACAGACUUGGCUCCGCAGAAAGGUCUAUGAGUUUCGUACAAAACAAAACAUCCAGCAACCAUGCACCGCAAUUCAUGUCCGCCGGUCGGAUGUUGUCCUACACCUGCACAACAAGAGACAAUAUUUUCCCAUGAAGGAUUACUUAAAACCAGAAUUCAAUGUGCAACACAACAUAUUUCUCAUGACAGAUGACUCAAAUGCAAUUGUGGAAGCAAAGCAUGAAUUUCCUCAGUACAACUGGAUGUAUGUGGAUCGACCUCGUUUCCGGGCUUCCGAAGGAGGUUUUGAGAAUCAAUUUCCAUCUAGAAAUCCGGUUCAUGAAGUGGUUGUCCUAUUGUCCAUCUUCCAACUGUCUCGGCAGUGCAACCAGCUAAUUCAUUCCCACAGCUCAUUUGCCUCGAGGCUGAUUCAAGAGAUGGAGGCAUCUGGCGCCAGAAUUAGCAAGUUCAAAAUUGGUGACCCCAAAAAGGUACAUCACGAUGACAAUGCCCAUACAAUCAACAUUUCCAAAGCUUAUGAAAACAUUGCACUUACAACAACAAAGACGAGGAAGAGAUGAUGAUCUUCGGUGCCAUUUUCCAAUAAUUUGGCAGGGACACGCAUCUGAUCGAACGCAUCGAAUCAACCUACUUGACGUAGAAAGGUUUGCCUUUCAAGUCCUUGACGAGGCGAAGGCACCGUUGGGUUUUUUUUCGGAGUUUUGUGCAGUUUCUGUUUUUCUACCGCCUGGACUGGACGGACGGCACAGGACGUUGGCGCUGGAGUUGCGAGAUGGGCAGGGAUCUUGUGCCUCUCGGCUGGUUUACGGGCUUGUUCGGGAUAGUGGAUCAGCUAGCGACCCGACAUCGACGUUCUCUCUCUUUCUUUUACCUAAUGUCGUAUGCUAAUAGCUAAUAUCAACAGAAUUAUCGUGCUCU